AUAGAUAAAUAAAUAGACGGCUGUCGCCUGAAGCGGGGUCGCCUAAGCCGCAUCAGGGUUUCUUUGUCGGCGUUCACCUCCAACUCUGUUCUUACAGAAAUUACGCCGACUUCUCCCUGGUGUGGAACUAUUCUCGUUCUAAUUGAAUAUGGCCAGUUGUCCAGCGUCAUUUUCAGACAUAGGCAAAAAGGCAAAAGACCUAUUGACCAAGGAUUACAACUUCGACCACAAGUUUACCCUGUCAUUGUUGAGCUCUACUGGGCUGGGACUUACAGCUACAGGCUUGAAGAGGGAUCAAUUUUUUUUGGGUGACAUAAGUACCCUGUACAAGAGUGGAAACACUACUGUGGAUGUGAAAGUUGAUACUUAUUCUAAUGUGUCUACAAAAGUGACUGUGAGUGAUAUCUUGCCAAGCACCAAAGCAGCAAUUAGCUUCAAAAUUCCUGAUCACAAGUCUGGCAAGCUGGAUGUUCAGUAUCUUCAUCCUCAUGCAGCAAUUGAUUCCAGUAUUGGAUUGAACCCAACUCCUCUUUUGGAGCUUUCAGCUGCAAUUGGCAGCAAGGAUCUCAGUUUGGGUGGUGAAGUUGGAUUUGAUACAGCUUCUGCUUCCUUCACCAAGUUCAAUGCCGGGAUUGGCUUGAAUAAAGUAGAUUACUCUGCAGCACUUUUACUGACGGACAAAGGACAGGCAUUGAAAGCAUCUUAUAUUCAUUUGGUGAAUCCUGUCAAUGGAACAGCAGUUGCCGCCGAAAUGACUCACAGGUUUUCCACCAAAGAAAACAGUUUUACCAUUGGAAGCUCGCAUGCACUUGAUCCGCUAACAGUUGUAAAAACACGCUUCUCCGACAAUGGGAAAGUCGCCAUGCUCUGCCAGCGAGAAUGGAGGCCGAAGUCACUCAUUACUUUCUCAGCCGAGUACGACUCAAAGGCCAAUAACGUGGCCCCUAAGUUGGGUCUUGCCCUUGCCCUGAAGCCUUGAGAUGGGCAACUGUUUUGGAUCUUUGUAAUUCCUAUCUAUUUCUUUCCCAAAUUCCAUGAGGGUAUUCUGUGUUACCCUGAUUAUAUUUUGAAACCAAAGAAUUAGUUGGUGUAACGUUGAAAUGAUUUGAAGCAGUGACGGGGAAAGUGGACCCAUUUUUAGAGGAGAAAAAAAGGAAAUUAUAAUUAUAAUGAUUUAUUUUUCGGCCCCA